GCUCUUUUAUGGAAAGUUUUCAUGCUCCCACUGGCGCAAAGUGUACAUUUGCGGAAAGCCUUAUAAUGGGCGGGCAGCCCAGCCCUAAAAAGUAGGGUCUAGACUACAAACUGUGGUCCGAGGGCCAGUACCGGUCUGCUUUUUCUUGUUCUUUUUCAUUUGGUUUUGGCUUGGCCCAGUCCAGAUCAACCCUAAGUCCACACCACUGUGCUCCGAAAAAUUGCUUUCUGGGUCUAAACGUUUUGGCAAGUAAUAUAAGAAUGCAGUAUUUUUUUGGCUCUCCAACGGGAUUAUAGAAUUUCCUAUAAAAAAAAUCAUUCUAAGAGGGUCAUUUUCCUAAGGAAGAAAAUGUCAAAUUUGCUCCUACAGGAGCAAAGCAAACGCCCUCUUUCUUACUUUUUCUGCUAGAUCUUAGGAGUAUGAUCCAUCUUGGGACCACACAAACUGGAACCCUUUCAGGCUUUUGAAAGUAUGUGGGAAAGGUCGCUGAUAAUAGAGGCAAGACCAGCAUGGGCCUCCAUCCCUGCCCCAUAACAACUCCUUGACCCCCACAAAUGCAUUACUAAUAUUACCUAUUAGGAGGCAGAAGGAAGUUGGGGUGUUUCAAUGGCCCAUGUCCUAGUUGCCACCAUGCCAAUUGCUAGUAUAUCUCAAACAGGUAAAUUAGGGAUAUUCCAUUGGAGAAAUAGCAAUGGAAUGAAAGAGAAGAGAGUGAUUAUGAAGGGAUUUCAAGACAAGAGAUGGAGAAAUGGGACCUCAAAAUGUUUGCUGAUAAAGAUGGCAAAAUGGACUGGCAUGCUCUCAUCAAGGCUGGCUAGGCGAAGGAAGAUGCUGGAAGUUAAUCCGGAACCGUCAUUGAACGAGGCUCCUGUACUCUUCAACACUUCUAUUAUACCAUGGUGGGCUUGGUUCACAGCAUCUCUCCAGCCCAGCAAAGAAUUAUCGAAUGGUGGUAGCACUAUGGUCGGAUUCUUCAUGGCGUAUUACAUUGUGGAGGCUUUAAGGGGAGUGGGUAUGAUGGGACAGACUAUCCAUGAUAUGCCCAUGAAUCUCUUAUUUGCAAUCCCUGUCAUUCUUCUCUUAAUCCCCCAAACCCAAAAGCUUGGGGCUCUUCAAAAGUGGAGUCGGAUGCCAUACAAGAAAUCACAAACAAAAGAAUCGGAGUAAAUGUUUAUGUUUCUUAACAAUCAUCAUCAUGGUCAAAGCUUUUUUUCAAUUAAUUGGGGUCGGCUACUAAAAAAGUGCCUUUGUUUGUCACUUGUGUGUGUACUUUUUCCUCUUUUGUGAAUAUGAGGAAACAAUUUGGUGAAUCAAA